AUGGAGAUGAACAACACAGAUCGUCCUGAGGCAUGCGGCGCGCUGUGCUAUGCGGCAGAGCUGCCUGUAUUCGUGCUGGGAGUGGUUUUGGGCUUCUUCAAGCGGAUGGCUCUUGUCUUCGCCGGUACUUACAGGCCGCGAGCCGAUGACCCCGAUGUGGCAAGGGAUGUAUACCGAGCAGGAUUGAUGGCUGACCUGAACGCCACUGUGCUGGCGGCUGCAAUGAUUCUGUUCCUAACCAGCCGACACACCUUCCAGGAAAAGCGUGUAAUAAUAAUAAUAAUUAUAAACAAUAAUCCUGUGACAGGCAACCUUGAGAAUGAGCUGUGGCCCCUGAUGGAAGCUCUUCAGGCGUGUGGCGGCCUGGGCGGCUGGAAGCAUGAUCCCAGAGAUGAGUUCAACUACACAUUCAGCACCAUCGCUGCCAUGAAGGACUUCUCUGCUGGAGGGCAGGUGCCCUUUGGCAAGAUGACACUGUUCCAGGCAGACUACCCAGGGCGCUGGGUCGGCCGGCGGCUAAUCCCCCCACCCAUGAGCGGUAUCGUGCGCGUGGACGCGGUGAGUCAGCACAGCUUCUUCUUCUUCGAGCUUCUCGGCAGCUCCACGGCAGCCGCCAAGCAGUGCUUCAACGGCGCGUUUGCGGCUCUGGCCGCCCCCAGGACCGAGCUCGGCGCGAAGAUGGGCUGCGGCCAGGGCGCUGACACGUAUGUGGCGUUCCCGUGGUGCCAGAACGUGCGCUGCGUGAACGGGGCGCACCUGUGGGGCCUGGCGGAUUUGAACGCCGAGACGACAGCCGAGCGGCAGGCACACAAGUUCCCCUACUUUCUCUGCCUUUCCUACGACGAGCUCUUCGGCGUUUACAUCGGUAUGAUCUCACUCGCCGUCGGCAUGUGCCUCACGACCUUUGUCCUAUUCAACACCGAGAUCGUCAGCCCGAUGCUCAAGGCCAGCGCCGCCGCCUGGUCCCCCCGGGAGCAGCUACCGGGAAGCUGCUCCAGAAGCUGCGCGGCGGAUGACGGGAUUACGCGCCGGCGCGGCGGCUGCCGCGCGGCUUUCUCCGAGGGGGUGCGGGUGUGGCCGAAUCCGAUGCGCGGCGGCUGCCGAUCGGAUGAUUUUAUUGAUGUGAUUCUGCGCUGCCUGGCCAGCUUCCUGCUGGGUCUCCUGAUCAGCAUGCUCGUUGUGUUCCUUCCCUGGAUCCUCACCUACACGAUCGGAUCCUGUCCUAUGAUCCAGACCCUGUCUUGA